GGAUUUUUAUUCAGCAUAUGAUGCUAACCUGUGAGUAACGUGUAAAUACGUUUGUUUCAUUUUUUAUUCUCAAAAUUCGUCUUUGCUGGAAGUUUGCGAUGGUCAUAAAAGUUUCAACAUCGUGUGCCCGUGUCGCAUCUAUUAAAAUCAUAAGUGAAUUUUGUAUGAAUAAAUCGGAAAUAUUGUUGCUCUAUGAAUCUUGUGGUGGCUUUAAUUAAACUCUGUUGAUAAUGCAGUUGGAAUCUGUGACUAUCUUUUGAUUAUUGCUCAAUCUUAUAGGAUGACUACACGAUGUGUCCUUCACGACGCGAUUCUGCGUUCAAGGUUAGAUCCCACUACUGGUUUUUAUUCAAAAGAUCGUAACCGCCGCGAAUAAAUACGGUCAGCAUACAUAAUAGUGUCAUGGCGCGGCAACAAUGACGGAAAGUGUGCUCCUCACCGACGAAUUCGGCACUAAAUUUAAUAUGUGGGGCCGCUUCCGUUAUAAAGGAUUGCUAAUACUAUUCCUGAUUAAUGUGAUUGCGUUUCAAUGUUUUAUAUAUUAUCAAGAGAGCUAUAAAUGGCGAGAGUUAAGGAAUAAGUUGGAAUUACUAAUGACCGAGCAACACGACCUGUAUGGGUUAACAUAUAGCGUAAUUAAGAGACUGGAAGGGCAUGGCGUGUUCAGCGUAAGAAAACAGGAACUUGCCGAGAAACCUAUAAUUUAUGCUAUUACCCCUACGUUUGCCAGGCCUGUGCAAAAGGCAGAGCUGACCCGGUUGUUGCAAACGUUUCUUCAUAUACCCAACUUCCACUGGAUUGUCGUCGAAGACGCGGGGAAAAAGACCAAACUCGUUGCGCGACUUUUAGAGGAUAGUGGUUUACUUUAUACCCAUUUGGCUGCGGCAACACCGCCGAAUUAUAAGUUAGGGCGAAAUGACCCGAAUUGGAAGAAGCCACGUGGCGUCGAACAACGAAAUGCAGCGUUACAGUGGCUUCGGGAAAAUCGCAGGCCGACCGACAAAGGCAUAGUAUUUUUUGCUGACGACGACAAUACGUAUUCGAUUAAAUUAUUUCACGAGAUGGAAAAGAUACAGAAGGUUGGUGUGUGGCCUGUUGGUCUAGUCGGUGGUUUGAUGGUGGAGAAACCAAUAUGUGAUAACGCUACUAAUAAAGUAAUCGGUUUUAAUGCUGCGUGGAAGCCAGAGCGACCGUUUCCAUUAGAUAUGGCGGGUUUUGCCAUCAACUUGCGACUUUUAUUGGAAAAUAAAAAUGCCGCUUUUUCGUAUGACGUUCAGGGUGGUUAUCAGGAGAGUGAGAUAUUGUCACAAAUUGUCACUAGAGAUGAACUAGAAUCGUUAGCAGAUUGUUGCACAAAGGUGUACGUAUGGCACACACGAACAGAGCCACCACAGUUAAACGUGGAACAACUAUUGAUAAAGAAAGGUAAACGUUCAAAUGUAGAUAUUGAAGUGUGAUAAGAAAAAUAGACUGCAGUUUGCUGUAUUUUGAUAUAGUGAUAUUAAGUUUUCAAAUUUGGAAAGAAAAAUUAAUUUUAUAUACGCUUUUUAUCAUUCGCACAUGACUAUGUACUUUUUAAAUUGAGUGCAAUAUAAAAAAAACAAUGCAGUGCCAUAUAACGGGUAGCCGCUUAUAGCUGCAUAUUCAGUAAGAAUGUAGAAUGUACAUAUGACACUAAUGCAUUCUAUAUAUCCUACAUUCUACAUAGAAUA